AUGCUCCUUCAUUCCGUGUCUCUAACAUCUCGCUGCCCCGUCCUCUGUCCCACCCGCAGGGAACCUGCGGAGGCCUCCGCACCCCGUGGCGACAACACGCGCCUGCUCGGGCGAGCUCCAGAGGAGGAGGAGGAGGAGGAGGAGGCGAUGCAGGCGGAGGGCAUGCGGGAGGUGGCCGUGGCAACCGGCCUGGAGGUGCUGUACCAGGAGACCCCCAACUACCGCGGAGCGGCGGCCGAGGCUGACCGCAUGAUCGAGCCUAAGGAGACGGCUAGGCAUGCCUGGCGAGUGCCAGACCUGGGUGUAGAGCCUGUUGUUAGUGCAGGUGAGGAGGCGGUGACUGAGGGGGGUUAG